AUGAAGGUUGACCGCGCCGGAGAGCGAUGUCUGGGCGGUGUCAUGGUUUGGGCGAUCAGCCAUGAUACAAGAGAUGCCAAGUACAACAAGGCAUUGGCCAAAGUACUCGGUCGCAAAGUGAUAAGCGGCUCAUUGGACGAUGACGAGAAGGCGGCCGACUUCGUGAAGAAGCCUUACGAGCAGUGCCGGUGGACGAACUGCAAGGAGCCAUGUCCUAAAGGCUGGGUACAUGUCGGCCGUAGUGACCCGGGGGCUCGGAAAAACGAGCUGAUGUAUGAUGAGACAGCCUGCGGCGGUGAUGGCAUUCAUUCUUUCUGCUGUCCUCCUAAUUACGACAUCCCAAUAUGUGGCUGGUGGGGACAUUUCAAUGGCAAGUGUGAGAAGGAAUCAUCUUGCCCAAGCGGGAUGGUCGAGAUUGGUACAAACUCGAUGAAAUGCGAGAAGCCACCACGCGUACAGACUGCUUGCUGCAAGCCCGACACUGUGAGCAUGCGGGUCUACGAUACUUGUCGAUGGGGAGCGUACCCAGAGUGCAACACCAGCCCCGAAUGCCCCGGCGACUACUACAACUGGCCCAUGGCCUCAUCUGGGUCAGGCUCCGGUGCAUUGAGGUGCAAUGAUCUCAAGAACGACCUCGGUACUCCGAUCAUUGGCGUACAGAUGCGCAACUACUGCUGCAACACCAAGCCUGGCCUUCGUUUCAUUGACUGUCAAGUCCGUCGUGACUUUGGUCCAGCACCAGACGGAGAAGACCUUGCAGGCUACUGUCGUAGUGGAUGCCCAAGCGACCGUGUGAGAGUGGCCCUUGACACUGCCUUUCACACCUGUACCUCCAAGCUAGAAGGAGGCCAGGUUACCUGUUGCAAGACAGACUACUACGAUGAGGUACUCGUUCCCAAUGAGAAGAUCACGGCGUACAAGGAAGCCAUGGCCGACUGGCUUGAGAACGAGACAUGUCCAAACCCGUCCAAGGUAUUGGGCAAGCGAUCUACAACAGACUUGGUCGUGCGGGAGGACGACAUUGAUGAUAUUUCGUCUUACUUACUACUCCGAAACAUUCUGAGUGAGACAGGAAGCCCAGUGAUGUUAGCUCAAGAGGUGAAUAUCUGGAAUAGUGCAGUUCGAGCUCGGUACGAGUUUCUACAGAUCACCUACAUCAGUAGCUACAUCAGAGACAACUGGCGCUUGGAUUGGCAAGGCCCUUCUCAGAUGGCGAUCGAUAUCCUGUGCGAACCUCUUUAUUGGGCUCUAAGGAUUAAGGCCUUCCUGACUGGCGACGAAGACGCUGUUGCAAGCAUUGGGAACUGUACAUAUGCCUAUUGCGACGAAAAGGGUUACUGCGAGAACUUGAGCGAUGCUGUGGAGAGCGCUGAUCUCAAACGUCGUCACGCACACCUGGAUUAUCAUUUCAGCCACUUCACCCACUCCCAUCAUCACCACAGCCGCCACAUUCUUGAAGCUCGAGCGCGUGAAGAUAUCGAGAUCAAGGAUCCCGACGACCCAACGGAACGACAUAGAUACCGGCUCGAGGUUCCUUCCAACCCGUCGGUAGACGUAAUCGCAAAGAAAAAUCCCAAGAACCCGCUGCUUGAUCAAGUAGUCGAGAUCACACAUCCCGAUCUAUGCAAGGCUUCCCUGGUCAUGUUGACCGCAUACCGCGACCCACGUAUUGUGGCAUUAGAGGUGGAGCAUGUGCUUGACAAGCAUAUACUCAAGGACUUCAUGAGGGAUUCAGUGACUGGAAAACUUCAAUCGGGCGCAACAUCGAAAUAUGGACCGAUUCCUGUUGCGUUUUGGGAUAGAAUGGAUGAUAUGAACCUGGAACUGGAACGUGGAGUUCCAGCUCUUCCGGGAGGUAGAACCGGAGACCUGGGGUUUGUGAUGAAUCGCGCUUUUGAGUGUUUGGGUAGCGCAGAGAACGACCAAAUUUUCAUGAUUGUUCAGAAGGAUAUCAACGAUGCUAAAAACAACGUAAUGCAAUUACAUAGAACCAUCGCUAAGCGCUAUUUGCCGUUCUUACUUGCCACAGCUGGCAAAACAAAGGAAGAAAUAGAAGACGACAGGAGUAAGGUACUUUCCCGCAUCCGUGCAGGCUUCAGCGUGUUUCGAUAUAUGCAGAAGGAAGAAACCAAGGAUAAGUUAAACAAAAUCGUCAAGGAUAUCCGAGUGCAGUUCAAGUUUGCCGAGUCAGUCUACAACAAGAAGUAUCCCAACGAAAAGGUACAGCUCGCCGAUUAUUGGAUAGAGUGGAUCACGGAUUACUAUGCGCUUGUGUCGAAGAAGUUCAGGGAAAACAUGUUGGCAAUGGCGACGGAAGUGCGAGAAGAGGUAAAGGGCAUCAAGGAUGAUUGGGCUAAGAAUAUGCGCGGGUAUAUGCAGGCCUUUGAGAAACAAGCAAAGAAUGAGGCGUUGACACUUAUAGACACUAGCGGCUUUUCGAAGGACGAUGACACAGAGAUGGGAGGGACCUAA